AUCGUCCGGUUCCUGCUGGACAACGGAGCUCGGGUCAAUGCACAAAACGCGGCGGGCUCGACCGCUCUGCAUUUGGUCGCUGGAUUUGGAACCACCGAAACCGCCCGACUGCUUCUCGAAUCCGGCGCAGCACCCGAUCUAGAAGACCACCACAGCCACACGGCUCUACACGUAGCAGCGACGAACGGGAACGAGGAGAUGGAAGAAGAAGAAGAAGAAGAAGGCGUCGAUAUGCGCAUGAGAAACUACCGGGGCGAAUCCCCACUCCACUGCGCGAUCAACGGCGGGCAUCUGCGGAUUGCGUCGCUCCUCCUGGAGAAGGGGGCCGAUAUCGAUGCAACCGAUAAAUUCGGCGACACGGCGCUA